GACUGUUGGAGCGGACGAGGUGGCAAAAAUGUCUGUAAAUCCUAGGACGUUGGCUCUUUCCUACAUCUCGUAUCUCGUGUCGAAUCUUAACAAGAAGAACUAUAAGUCGAGCGUUGCAGAGCUGGCCGACCUGGUGGAGAAAUACGGCUUUGAAGCAGAUAGGCAUUUAUUCCGCUGUCUACUGAGUCACAUAGAUUUGAGCACAGAUGGAAAACAAAGCGGCGGGAAGGACUUUCAUCAGGUGCAGUUGUUGAUUCAAGAGGCUGGGACGUUGAUCAUAAAGCCAUACUGUGCGUCAGUUUUGUGCUAUGGUUUGGAGAAUCCGGAAUUGAAGGCUCUGAGGUCGUCGGGGUUAUUGUUUCAGCAGUUGUCCCGAAUUUUGAGACUUACUCGCGUGCAGGAGGCUGUUUUUGGUAUUGGACUGUUGAAGUCAUCAGAUCUUGAGCUACGGACUGAAGCAAAUCAGUUCUUGAAGAGCAAACUACCAGAUCUGCUCCACUCUUACACUGAUGUUGACAUCAGUUCUGGUCAAGAAGGAGGUCUGAACGAUGUUGCCAUUGAAGUACUUCAUCUGCUGCUGUCACACUUGCUUCUGUCGCCUCCCGAACAAGUUGGAGUUCAGAAAGAGCAGCUAACUGCUUUUGUGACUGCUCUUAGAAGAGACUUUCCACGUGAGAGAGUUCCUGUUGUUCUUUCUCCAUUGCUUUAUCCUGCAGACCAAGAUAUUGCUCAAGACAAAUUAUUACCAGAGUGUGCUGUAACUGGACCUGCCACAGUGGCUUACUUAGAACUCUGUGAUAUAAUGGAAGAAAUGGGAUACCAUGCAACGUCCAGUCAUGAGUUAUUCAGAGACGUUGUCAAGCAAGUCAAUGCAGAAAGUCUUACACCUUUGUGUGUUGCAAAGUGUAUUGGGCUUAUGGUGCGAAUUCACAGCGGCCUGUUAGACCAAUUACCACUCCAAAGUCUCAACGGUCCAUCAAGCCCUUUAUGGGAAAAAGAUAAACCUCAAGAACUACCGACAUCAGCUAGCACGUGGAACUUUGAGGUCUUUGUCGACAUUGUGAGAGAACUGGCUCCCGACUUGAACUGGCAGGAAGUGAUGGAAAACCUCGACCAUCCGGGCUUUAUCGUCAAAGAUCCCGAAGGACUAAGUGUCAUAAUGAAGAUAUACAAGAGAGCAACAAACGGCUUGUUUCCAGUUCAGAUUCUGUACAGAGUGUGGAAGAACAUUGAGGGACAACUUUCGUGGAUCAAGUUUGGUGUGACUGGAACCGCCGACUUCUCAUUUGGUGAUUACGUAUGGCAUGCUGUGAAAGUAGACUCACUCAAAACGCCACCCGACCAGGAAAACAAACAGAUUAUGAUGUGGAUGUCACUUGAACUCAUCGAGACGUUGAUGCUUUUGGCCGAAGCCGGACAAUAUGAUCCUGUGCUGACAUUGUUGACGUUUCCUCUCAAACACUGCCCGGACGUGCUAAUGCUUGCCAUACUACAAGUCAAGCCUCGGUGGAACACCCUGCAGUCAGAACUGUUUAGCCAUCUGUUGCCCGUCUUUUUGGCCGGUUAUUCAUCCAACUCCAACACGUUGGGUGUGCUGCAGUUUGCAUGGAACUCACCACUGUCGGCAUCGACAGUGAGGUCUCAGAUGCUACAGGGUAUGGCUGAUUGGUACUUGAAGGGCGAGCCAUUUGAUCAAGCAAGACUGAUUCGUGUACUGGAAGUUGCUCACGAGCUUAAGGCUUUGUCGUUGCUGCUGAAUGGAACACGAUUUCAGUUUGUCAUCGACUUGGCUGUUUUGGCUUCUCGACGAGAAUUUCUCAAGCUUGACAAAUGGAUGACAGAUCGUAUUAGGGAGCACCAAGAACCAUUUGUUACUGCUUGUGCGUUGUAUCUGAAACAAAGGACUAGCAAUACAGACAAGGCAUUGCAGCUGCCAUCGGAGGUCACAACAACAAUGCUCACCGUGUUGCAGGCCUGUCAAGUGCCACCCAAUUCCGAUUCUGUAGAGAUAAUUCACCAACUCAUCGACGAGUUUGGACCGAUCAUGCCAAGAAUGCGACCGUCUCACUUACUGUUGAGUCAACAGCAGCCGCAGCCGGUGAAAGGCUUUGAUUCUAGUCUCACACCUGGUGGUAGAGUGCAACUAGCGGCUCCGGGAAUGUCUGGAGUGUUUUCAUCUGGUCAGCAGUCUUUGGCUGUUGGUGGUACAAAUCUUCCUACACAAUCAGUCAAACCUCUUACUCUCCCGUCGUCCACUCCAGUUUCGAUACCUCCACCUACGGUGCAAAUGGGCUUGCAGGGAAGCGAUUCUCAACAGUUACUCGGGACUGGUCUGACAGGAGGGUUACCUACAGGAGAUUCGUUCACGUCUGGGCUUUUAGCCGGCAUGAAACAUCACUCACAGUUACAGACAAUUCAGCCUUCGAGAUCCGCUCUACCGCUUGCUCAGCCCGCAACGUCAGUUAGACAGGAUGCGAUUCCUGGCAUGGAUCAUGUCUUUACGAAGGAAAUUGAAGACGAAGCGAAUUCGUACUUUCAGAGAAUUUACAAUUGUAAGAUGCCUUUGGAUGCGGUUUUGGAAACGUUGAAGAUGUUUAAGAAUUCAACUAACCAGAAAGAGAAGGACGUCUAUCUCUGCAUGCUCAGAAACUUGUUUGAAGAGUAUCGCUUCUUCCCUCACUAUCCAGAGAAGGAACUACGCAUCACCGGCUCUCUAUUCGGUGGCCUCAUAGAGCACAGUCUCGUAACCUACAUGUUCCUUGGCACGGCUCUUCGCUAUGUGUUGGAAGCACUCAAGAAGCCUCCUGGAACAAACAUGCACCUGUUUGGUGUUGCUGCAUUAGACAAGUUCAAGACCAGACUGAAGGAAUAUCCUCAGUAUUGUCAACACGUGGCUGCCAUUUCUCAUUUCUGUGACUUUCCUCCUCACCUUAUCCAGAGUGUUGAGUAUGGCCAACAAAGCAGAGACCCUCCACGUCCAAGUCAACCAUCAGUUGCCAUGGUGACAGGACCGUUACUUCCUGUUCUCUCCAGAACGGUGGCCAUGUCAACGCCCAUCCAGACUGCAAGAAGUACUGCUACCAAACUGGCUGGCAACUCGACUGAUGUAACAGCUUCGACUACAACAGCACCCAUACCCGCAGUCAAAGAUCAGGGACCUUCAAUAGCCAACACAACCAACAUUGACACUCUUCUAAUGGCCGUUGAGUCUAUACCCGGCUUUUCCAUCCCACCAGAAGAUAUCCAAGAAAAAGUAGGAUUUGUUUUCAACAACUUAACACAACAGAACUUGCAUCAGAAAGCAGACGAAAUCAAAGACCUAAUCGAAGGGAAACAUUGGAAAUGGCUCGCUCACUACUUGGUGUUAAAACGAGUCAGCAUUGAGCCUAACUACCACACCACGUAUGCUUCCUUUGUUGAAUUACACAAAGAAAACUCAUUGGGAAGCUUCACUCUUGCGGAAACAUACAGGAACAUCAAGGUUUUGCUUCAUACGAACAAAGGUGAUGCAGGGUUUUCGGAUCGCUCGUUGUUGAAAAAUCUGGGUCACUGGCUUGGCCUGUUGACUCUUGUGCGGAGUGUUCCUGUCUUGCAGAAGGAUGUCGCCAUGAAGCAUCUUCUUUUGGAAGCCUACACCAAAGGAGCACAAGAAAUGUUGUAUGUUGUGCCAUUUGUGACUAAAGUUCUGGAAGCUUGUGGUCAUAAGUCAUCGGUCUUCAAACCUCCCAACCCAUGGACGAUGGCUAUACUUGGUGUUCUUGUUGAAAUGCAUUCGCUGCCCAAUGUAAAGCUGAACCUCAAGUUUGAAGUUGAAGUCUUAUGCAAGGCAUUGUCAGUUGAGCUGAAGGAUGUGAAGACAAAGGGACUUCUGUCUAAUGCAGACAAGGUACGACGAUUCACGCAGCUCUCGUUGCCUCCUGAUGGUCCUGCGGCUCCCGUUGUUCAUCAUCCAAAUUUCUAUUACACGGACAUCAAUGUGACAGCAUUGGCUGGUCUAAAAGAUCAUCUACAGAUAAAUGGAGAUUUGGCUUUGUUUCAAGCUCAUCCUAUACUCAAACAGUAUGUCAAGCCAUCUGUGGAGAGAUCAGUGCAGGAGCUGAUUAAUCCCGUGGUGGAACGAUCGAUCAAGAUUGCCGUCACGACGACGGAACAUAUUUUGAAGAAAGAUUUUGCACUCGAUCCUGAAGAGGGCAGAAUGAGGAUGGCUGCUCACCACAUGGUUCGUCAUCUCACCGCUGGCAUGGCGAUGAUCACGUGUCGCGAGCCACUGUGUAUGAGUAUCAGUAACAACUUGAAGCAAGCGUUCAGUCGUUAUCUGAUGGCAACACCGAACGACUCACAGAAGCAAAUGAUUGAAAAAGCGGCCGAUGCUGUUGCUGUUGACAACGUUGAGCUUGCUUGUGCGUUUGUUCAAAAGACGGCAAUGGAAAAGGCUGUGCCGGAGAUGGACAAGAGGCUUGGAGAGGAGUUUGACCUAAGGAAACUCGCUCGUACAGACGGAAGAAGAUACUGCAAUCAUAAAAUCCUGACAUACCAAGCAGAGAGAAUGCCUGAGCCAUUGCGCCACAAGGUUGGAGGUGUCACAAGUCAACAAGCUAGGGUCUACGAAGAGUUUGCCAACUGCGUUCCUGGAUUUUUACCACCAAAGCAACCACCCACAAAGAUCACUCAAGGUUAUCCGGCUGAUGAGGUUGUUCAUAUUUUGGAGAAGUGUGCACAAGAACUGCAACAAGAUUUGAAUGCUACUGCCGCUCCGCCGUCAAACAGUCACGUGAUGGCCAUGCAUCUGUUGUAUGAUACUCUGCAGCAGGUGUUGCUGAUGAGGGGAGAUGCGGCAUCUGCUCUGCUGCUUCUGCAGAAAGCAAUGGAGGGACUUUUGGAGGGAAUGGCACAGCAGUUGACAGACAAAGACCUUGCUGUUCGUUUCCGCGACUGCCACCUCCUUGUCCUAAGAGGACUGCAGGAUCCUCGUGCAUAUGGACCAGUGUGGGCCAGCAAGCAUUCAACAAGGAUAUUAUUGGAGUCGAGAGAAGAAAUCAAGUUUAACGUCGAAGCGGUUGACUUGCUCAUCAGGGCACAACUAGUUAACAUGCGAGAGCUCGACAUUCACAUGGCACAGGCGAUGGAAAACGGCUUAAAUUUUGCUGCGGUUACAUUCUGCAUGCGACUUGCGCGUCUCUACUUCAUCGAGGAGAAACAAGAUUGUCCUAUUUCGCAAGGUGAUCUGUAUCACGUGUUGGACACGUUGGCGAGACUCGCUGCGAAUGCCAGACAUCCGCCCGAGGGACUGACGUCUCUCCUGGAAGUCGUACGUAUCGGACGUGAACAAAUCGAAGUCGGUUAUGGUGGUGGUGAUGACAAACUGUUACCAACCGCAGUCGCUCCAACGACAGCUGAUUUUGAUGAUCCUCCAGGUCUUCACGAGAAGGUUGAGUAUCUCCUGACCGAGUGGGUCAGGCUGUUUCAUCAACCGAUAUCGUCACGAGACAGCGAGAAGCUUUAUGCUGCAUACCUUGGAAAGUUACAUCAGCAUGGAAUGCUCAAGUCUGAUGAUUUGAUAUCAAGAUUCUUCCGUAUCAGCACUGAGAUGUGUGUGGAGCUCUGCUAUAGAAACCUGAAUCUGUCCGAGCACAGGAUGAAUAACCCGGGACUGGCUAGAGCAAAGUGCUACCACACUAUGGAUGCAUACGUAAAACUAAUCGUAGUUUUGGUGAAGCAUUCGGGCGAUCCAACAAACACAGUCACCAAAAUCAACCUGCUGAACAAGGUCCUCUCUACUGUCGUCAAUGUGUUGGUGCAAGACCACGAAGUGAGACGGACGGAAUUCCAGCAGUUGCCGUAUCAUCGGCUGAUGGUAAUGUUGCUACAAGAGCUGAACGUCCCCGAUCCCAUCUUCGACUCCAUCAACUUCCAAGUCCUGCAGUCAUUCAGCAACACGUUUCAUAACCUCCGACCAGCACGUGCUCCCGGAUUUGCAUUCGCUUGGCUCGAACUCACAUCUCAUAGGACGAUGAUUGGAAAGCUUCUUGGAUCGAGUAUACAGCAAAAGGGAUGGGGACUAUACCAGCAGCUGCUCCUCGAUCUCUUCCGUUUCUUGGCUCCGUUUCUUAGAAACGCAGAACUUGCCAAAUCGACACAGCUUCUCUACAGAGGAACGUUGCGAUUACUGCUCGUGUUGCUGCACGACUUCCCAGAGUUUCUGUGUGACUAUCACUUCAGCUUCUGUGAUGUCAUUCCACCGAACUGCAUUCAAAUGAGGAAUCUCAUACUGAGCGCUUUCCCUCGAAACAUGCGCCUACCAGACCCGUUCACACCAAACCUGAAGGUUGAUCUACUGACGGACAUCGCACAUGCUCCACGGAUACUAACAAAUGUCUCUGCUGCCAUUCAGUCCGGGACAUUCAAAAAGGACCUUGAUUCGUACAUCAAGACAAGGGCACCAGUCACAUUCCUAUCUGAACUAAGAAGUCAUCUUCAGACUUCCAUUGAAUCAGGGACACGCUACAAUGUCUCACUGAUGAAUGCUCUAGUUUUGUAUGUUGGAAUGCAAGCUAUUGCGUACAUACACAGUCGGAGUGGUACACCAUCAUCGUCGACUAUCACGCACUCGUCCCACAUGGACAUCUUCCAGAAUCUUGCCGUCGAUUUAGACACAGAAGGUCGAUAUUUGUUUUUGAAUGCCGUUGCAAACCAACUUCGAUAUCCAAACAGUCACACGCACUACUUCAGCUGUGUGCUUCUCUACCUCUUUGCCGAAGCAAACUCAGAAGCAAUUCAAGAACAAAUAACGCGGGUUCUUCUCGAACGUUUGAUCGUGAAUCGACCGCAUCCAUGGGGCUUGUUGAUCACAUUCAUUGAACUGAUCAGAAAUCACACAUACAAGUUCUGGCACCACCAGUUUGUUCACUGUGCACCAGAGAUCGAAAAGCUGUUUGAGUCGGUCGCUCGAAGCUGCAUGCAACAGAAGCAAACGGGUCAGUCUCUGACGAGGGAGGAAACAGCUGAAGCAUGAUGCUAACAAGCUAGGGUCGCUAGAAGUGUAUAGACAGAUUGUUGUAUAUUGACAAAAGUUAACUGUCGUGAUUCCGUACUGGUUUAGUAUGAAUACAAAUCGUCGUUUUUGUUGGACUAUGA